GCCGCCGCCGCCGCCGCCAGCGCCAAAACCCUAGAACCCCCACCCGAAAAUGGCGAGCCUCGCCGACGACGGCUUCUCGGCGGCGCGCCUCUUUUCGCAGGGCGUGUCCUACACCUAUGACGACGUGAUCUUCCUCCCGGGCUUCAUCGACUUCCCCGCCGACGCCGUCGACCUCUCCACCCGCCUCUCCCGCCGCGUGCCGCUCUCCGUCCCCUGCGUCGCCUCCCCCAUGGACACCGUCUCCGAGGCCGCCAUGGCCGCCGCGAUGGCCUCCCUCGGCGGCGUCGCCGUCGUCCACUCCAACACCGAGCCCCGCGCCCAGGCCUCCAUCGUCCGCGCCGCCAAGUCCCGCCGCCUCCCCUUCGUCUCCUCCCUCCCCAUCUUCUCCCCGGCCUCCGCCCCGACGCUCAACGACUUCGCGGGCCACGACUACGCCCUCGUCACCGAGCAAGGGGAUUCGCUCUCCAGGCUCCUCGGCGUCGCGGUGGCCGCCGAUGCGGCCUCGCCCGAGGCCCCUGCCCCGGUGUCCGAGUACAUGCGCCCCGCCCCGCGCUCGGCCUCCGCCUCCUUUGACUUCGAGCAGGCGGCGGCCUUCCUCGCCGACGAGGGCUUGGACUACGCCCCUCUCGUGUCCGAGGAGGGUGAGGUAAUCGACCUCGUCACCUCCAAGGACGUUGAGCGCAUUCGGAGCUAUCCGAAGCUAGGCAAGCCAUCUCUCGGAGCAGACGGGAAGUUCGUGGUUGCGGCCUCUAUUGGAACCCGUGAGGAUGACAAGCGAAGGCUAGAGCAGCUAAUUCAGGCAGGGGCCAAUGCUAUUGUCAUCGAUAGCUCGCAGGGGAACUCCACCUAUCAGCUUGACAUGAUAAGGUAUGCCAAGAAGACGUUUCCGGAGGUGGAUUUGAUUGGAGGCAAUGUGGUGACAAUUGGGCAGGCGCAGAAUUUGAUUGCUGCUGGAGUGGAUGGCCUGCGUGUUGGAAUGGGCUCUGGUUCAAUUUGCACUACCCAGGAGGUUUGUGCUGUCGGUAGAGGACAGGCCACUGCUGUUUACAAGGUUGCAUCAUAUGCCAAGGAUCACAAUGUGCCAGUUAUAGCUGAUGGUGGUAUUUCAUACUCUGGCCAUAUUGUGAAGGCUUUGUCACUGGGGGCUUCAACUGUUAUGAUGGGCAGUUUCUUGGCUGGCAGCCAUGAGGCUCCUGGGGCCUAUGAAUACAAGGACGGCCAUCGAGUGAAAAAAUACAGAGGCAUGGGCUCCCUCGAAGCCAUGACAAAGGGGAGCGAUGCAAGGUAUCUUGGUGAUACUCUGAAGCUUAAAGUUGCCCAGGGAGUUGUUGGAGCGGUAGCUGACAAAGGUUCUGUUCUGAGGUUUAUUCCGUAUACAAUGCAAGCUGUUAAGCAAGGAUUCCAAGAUCUUGGUGCAUCCUCUUUGCAGUCAGCUCAUGAUCUUUUACGAGCGGAGACUCUUAGAUUAGAGGUGAGGACCGGCGCCGCUCAAGUGGAGGGAGGGAUCCACGGGCUGGUGUCGUACGAGAAGAAAUCGUUCUAGCCCCAUCUUUGAUCGAGGACCGGCGUACCGGUUCUCCGCGUGUUCCAUCCAAGGUUGGCAGCGGGUCACCUGAUAGUGCUUGAGAGCAGCCUCCCAGCUCGUCCGUGUGGGUGGGGCUAUCGAUCUACCACUACCGCUAGGAUGGUUGUAACAUCAUCAUCUUUCCACCAUGGCCAUGGUUGAAAACUUUUGGACAUCGUAAUGGCUGUAACAAUAAAAGUGAUGUUUCCGUUUGCUA